GGCUCAAAAUAACCACACUAGGUAUAGCCACACUGCCCAGUGCGCACACGCCACACAACCCUCCAGCCUCUACUCUUCCCAAUUUAGCCAGACUACUCUACACAAAAUUCACUCACUCUUCACAAACUCUUCCGCUUUUCUCAGUCACUCUCUGGCUUCUCGACUCUGUCAUAAAUGUUGCUCGUCUCUCUCUCACAAAGACCUAAUUCCAUAUAACCCUAAAUCGGUAAAUCCCCUCCGCUAAUCGACACACUCACAAACCUCUGGCCCUCCGCCUCCUUCCUCCACACCGAUUACGACACAGUCAGGCCACAAACUCCCCCAGUCCCUAGUGACAGAUUCAGAGGAUUUUUUUCCAAUCCCAUUCAACAGCGAUUAGCUGCAAUUUUCAACAAAAAAAGGGACAAAUUUUGAGAGGGACUAUAGGCUGCCUGCUCCUACUAAAAAUGAUAAAUACAUUGGUUCUGCCUAGGCCUAGCAAAGUAUACCAGUGCUGGUUGAAAAAAAGAAAAAGCACUGCUCAUUGCUGCUACUUGGCAUUGAAGUUCUCCUCUACAAAAGUUGACAGAUCAACGAAAUCAAAGUACAGGGGUCCAAAGAUGGAGCUAACCCUAACUCAACCUGAUGAUUGGCAUCUUCACCUUCGUGAUGGUGACCUUCUUCAAGCUGUGGCCCCUCACAGUGCAAAUCAUUUUGGAAGGGCAGUAGUGAUGCCAAAUUUGAAGCCUCCCAUUACGACCACUGCUGCAGCUAUUGCUUAUCGAGAAUCCAUCUUGAAAGCAGUGUCUGCUGGUAGCAACUUCACUCCACUAAUGACACUAUAUUUAACAGAUACUACCAGUCCUGAUGAGAUCAAGCUUGCUAGAAGAGGUGGAGUUGUUUUUGCUGUUAAGUUGUACCCUGCUGGCGCAACCACAAAUUCUCAAGAUGGUGUUACUGAUCUGUUUGGGAAAUGCCUACCAGUUCUUGAAGAGAUGGUUGAGCAAAACAUGCCAUUACUGGUUCAUGGAGAGGUCACAGAUUCUAAUGUUGAUGUCUUUGAUCGUGAGAAAGUGUUCAUUAACACUGUUUUGCAACCUUUAAUUCAAAGGCUUCCAAGAUUAAAAGUCGUGAUGGAGCAUAUCACCACUAUGGAUGCUGUUAGAUUUGUUGAGUCUGGUAAAGAAGGAUUUUUGGCUGCAACUGUUACACCACAACAUCUUCUUCUCAAUAGAAAUGCUCUCUUCCAAGGAGGAUUGCAGCCACAUAAUUAUUGCCUUCCAGUACUCAAAAGAGAAAUCCAUAGACAGGCAAUUGUUUCAGCUGUGACCAGUGGAAGCAAAAGAUUUUUCCUUGGAACUGAUAGUGCUCCCCAUGAGAGACAAAGAAAAGAAUGUCCUUGUGGUUGUGCAGGCAUUUACAAUGCCCCUGUUGCAUUAUCACUCUAUGCCAAGGUCUUUGAAGAGGCGGGUGCACUUAAUAAAUUAGAAGCAUUUACAAGCUUCAACGGACCGGACUUCUAUGGUCUCCCAAGGAACAACUCAAAGAUUAAAUUGAUGAAGACUACAUGGAAGGUGCCAGAGUCUUUCUCAUUUUCUUUUGGUGAUAUCAUUCCAAUGUUGGCAGGUGAAACUCUUCAAUGGCAACCAGGCUUCUCUUGAUUCAAUCUUGACUCUUUUUUUUUUUCUUUUUAUUUCUUUGGAUAAAACAUUUGAGUACCAUUCUGAAAUAUGAUUUAUCUAGUUGAUCACACGCAGUGGGAAAAGUCUGUGUUAUUGGAUAAAAGUUAAAAGAGUAGAGCACUAAAGCUAAGACUUAGAAUCUCUACUCUUAAUCUCAUCUUAGCUCAUCAUUUGAGAGCCCAGGUACUUCAUCCUUCGGAUAGAAUUUUUGUGGUAUUCUUUUUCUAGGUUUUAAUUGGGAACUGGAAGUUAAUUUUUGCCAAAAACCUCGUUUCGUAAAAUUAAUGGCUUUCAAAUGGUAAACCCAUUCUCAUAUGCACAUCAGCUACAAAUUCUCUUUUAUCCUGUACCCCUUUUUGGUAUCUCUCACUUCUGUUGCCUGUGCUUCAAUUUCAGCUAUUCAACCCUAGAAUUAGUCCUGGAGGAAAGAAUGGUUUUGUAUCGAUUGAGGAAUUUUGUCAAGCACCUGAUGCAAGCCACGAAUCAACAAUGUUUUCUUUGUUAAUGUACAAAAUAUCGACAGAAAUAUUACAAUUUUACAUUCUUAAAAAAAAAAAAAAAAAA